CUUCACCUACGCGAAACAGAGACCCCACCAGCCAGCUAUGGACGCGGCGGCUGGCGGCGGCCGCUGGACGGAGGAGGUGGAUGACCUGGUGGACGCCGGGGACGUCGACGGCGCCAUCUCCCUCCUCGAGUCCGUCGUCUCCAACCUCUCCACCUCCGCAUCACCGGGCGCCGACCUCCGCCUCGCCACGGCGCUCGGCGAUCUCGCCGGCCUCCACGCCUCCCGCGGGAACACGCUCCAGGCCGACGCGAUCCGCUCCCGGGCCAUCGUCCUCCGACUCCGCGCGGAGAAAGCCCCCCACCCCUUAGGAGACCGUGGGACGGCGGAGAACUCCCCAUCACCAGAGGCCGUUACGGGAUCCAAGGACUCAGCAGUCUCAGCCAACACCGACGAGAGGAAGGAAGAUGAAGACGAUGAUUGGGAGGCUAUCGCGGAUCGUGGCGACGAGGCACCAGUGCGCCCCCUCGGGCUGGAGGCAAGGGUGUCUUCUUCGGGGAAAAGCAGCACUCCGUCUUCAGAGAAAAGUGGCACCCCAUCUUCAGGGCCCAAGAGGAGGGGAAGGGGUUCCUUUCUUUACGAUAAGAGUGUUCUGUACAGUGACCAGUGUGGUUCAGAGAGAGAUCUGGAUGACAAGGGGUCUGAUCCUCAUAGUGGAUCAAAAGACCAUGAGGACGAGCAGGAGAACAGGACUGGUGCAAAACGAUUUGGGACGAGGCAUGUUCUUGUUCUGUAUGACUUCCCAUCUAGCACACGCACAACAGAUUUGGAAAGGAUUUUUGAGAAGUUCGGAGACCAUGGAGUUGCCAUUCGCUGGGUCAAUGAUACUAUUGCACUUGCAGUUUUUCGGACUCCAUCAUCUGCUAGUGAGGCACAAGCUUGUGUGCCUCCAAGAUACAAAGUGCGGUCACUAAAGGAUGAUGACGAUCUCUUGGCUAAAAUAGACGGUACAGACCUAGAACCGCCGACGCCGAGGCCCAAGACAUCCGCGAGAACAGCACAGAGGCUGAUCGCCCACGGGAUGGGGCUAAAGCAGUUCACAAGCAUUAAUGCUGGUGAGCGGAAGGAGCAGGAGGAGGCGAGGAGGAGCCGGAUUACUGCCCGACAAGCUGCACGCGAUGAUGCCUGGGGUUCAGACUGACCGGCUGGGUGUCUGAGAAUUGCUGCACUCGUGGGCAGGCUGCUCCCAGAUCUUGCUUUCUUACGCGAGUGUGCUCCUGUUGAACCUCUCUACCUGGUUUGAUUUACACGUGUCACUGGUGGGCUUAAAUUGAAUCUUAAGCACGGUAUUAUGUUGUUUGAGUGCUGAUGAGAGAUGAUGUCAUCCCUUGAUUCAUUGGAUUUGCUGUAGUUUGCCUGGACUUCAUCGUCAGAGAUGUGGACAUUGGGAAGCUGGUGGCAAACAAUUAUCUUGUUUUACCCACUAAUUCAAGUGCUGUGUGCAGAGAGUGGUCUGCUAAAUUCGAGUUACCAAUUU